AUGUCUACAACAAAGAAAGAAUUGAGCAUUCGAAGGUUUGAGCAAUCCAACUGCUCUUCAGUGAGCAGCAUGACUCCUGCGCUGCAAUCGCCCAAUGAUUCCUCCUCGUUGGAGGAGGAGUAUUCCCAAGCUGCUCGGAAGCUGGAUCAUGGGGCCAGUUUUUCAGAUGCGGCAUCUACCAUUCUAGCAAAGCCAUCCUACCGCUUCAAGACUGAAUCCUCUCUUCCAUGGGGUCACCGACCUCAUCCUGUCAUGGGAAUUUCCUGUCUCUGUUACUUAUUGGUAGUUCCUUAUCUAUUGCCCUGUCAUCCAGCCGCAGGUUUCAUGUUCAUUUUGACGACGCUCUGCAGCUAUUGCUCUGACCAUUUGUAUACUGGAGUGAACUCGCUGGCACACAUGUUUGACAAGCUUGUGGCACCCACCACCUUUUGCUUUGCGCUGCGGGCCAUUUACACGACCGGUGGACUCACCUGGGCCAUUACCUCCAAUGUGGCGGUAAUCUGUCACGUCUUGGCCAUGUCGGCAGCAAAGCAAAACAACUAUGAAGGCUUUGUCCUGUGGCAUACUCUAUGGCAUGUAGUAGGAGUUGCUCUGAUGGUUGCCUGUUGUAUUGUCAAUGACACCAUGACCGAGUGCAUUGUUCCAGGAAAACAAGAGGAUAUGGGUUUAUGGUACGGAAUGUAA